AAACAAUGGGGGCACCGUCCGUUUCCCACUCAUACGAAAUCCGCUCUAUCGCGAUAACGCCACGAGGCCGACUGACGCACGAAACAAUACAUGUCGUGAAUGACAACAAAGCGCGGAUUGGUUUAGUUUGAGAUAUAUACCCGUGGAAAGUGAGACUCCAGACCAUCUGCAACGCAGGCGCUACCAAUUUGAAGCGUAAUAUUCACGACGACGACGAAGAAGAAAAGUCCACUUGCAUGUUUAGACGUGAGCUUCCACAGGAAGCCCACGUAAUUAACAAAUCUGAUUUUUCGUUGCAUGGAUGCAUAUAGGGCAAAUCAAAAAAUCGCCAAAUCUUGUUGGUAUUGAUUGGAUGACGCUAUCAUGAAAGCCGGCUUUACUUCAUACAUGACCCAACAUGAAGAAACAAAUUGUUAAGUGCUACUGACAUGUUAAUACUAGAAGAAAAAAACCGGAAAAUUCAUAACCAUUUAAUACGGGAAAWUGUCGCUUUACGCAAGUAAUUCUCUAAAGAGAGGCAGCUGUAUCUAUAAAACCUCGGCAAUAUUAACAUACUAGGAAGAUUGGUAAGACUACAUGCCUUUCUAUCCUCGAAGAUAUCACCUGUGUACUUAUAAACAACAACCAUUAUUCAAGAAAAAGUAUUCUCUAUUUACAUCAUCCACCAUAUUCACUCAAAAUAUAAAUUAAUGCAUUAAUGCAUAAAAAWUUUUUACAGUCAACUUAUGUUUUCUUUAUUUCCAGGCCCCGUUCAAAAACAAUGCAGGUCUCAAUGGAAAAUACUAAUCAUCAACAGUUGCCUGAUUGUUACAAGUCAAUUAAAAAUCUUGAGGAAAGAAUAVGUAUUGCAAAAACAAACGGUAACAGACAAGAAGAAGGAAAAAUUUACUCAAACUUAGGAAGAGCUUAUCAGUUUCUUGGACAAUAUAACAAGGCCAUUGAAUAUCACGAAAAGAGCCAAAAAAUUGCUAAAGAGAUUGGCGACAGACAAGGAGAAGGAAAUGCUUACGGAAACUUAGGAAUUGCCUAUCACUUCACAGGGAAAUAUCACAAGGCCAUUGAAUAUCAUGAAAAGAUGCUAACCAUAUCUAAAGAGUUUGAUGACAAACGGGGAGAAGGAAGCAGUUACGGAAACUUGGGAAUUUCCUAUAACUCACUAGGGGAAUACCACAAAGCCAUUGAAUAUCACGAGCGGAGUCUACGCAUUGCUAAAGAGAUUGGUGACAUACAGACUGAAGAACAUGCUUACGGAAACUUAGGAAAUGCUUACGACUCACUAGGAGAAUAUCGCAAGGCCAUUGAAUAUCACGAAAAGAGCCUUAGCAUUGCCAAAGAGAUUGGUGACAUGCGUACAGAAGGGAAUGCUUACGGAAACUUAGGAAAUGCUUACGACUCACUAGGAGAAUAUCACAAGUCCAUUGAAUAUCACGAAAAGAGCCUUAAUAUUGCCAAAGAGACUGGUGACAGACAGGGAGAAGCAAAUGUUUACGGAAGCUUAGGAAAUGCCUAUGACACACUAGGGGAAUAUCACAAAGCCAUCGAAUAUCAUGGAAAGAGCCUUAGCAUUGCCAUAGAGAUUGGUGACAGACAAGGAGAAGGAAUCAGUUAUGGMAACUUAGGAAAUGCAUAUGACUUACUAGGGGAAUAUUGCAAGGCCAUAGAAUAUCAUGAAAAGAGACUACACAUUGCUAAAGAGAUUGGCGACAGAGAGAGUGAAGGAAGCAGUUAUGGAAACUUAGGAAUUGUCUAUCAAUCUUUAGGGGAAUAUCACAAGGCCAUUGAAUAUAAUGAAAAGAGUCUAAGCUUUGCUAAAGAGAUUGGUGACAGGCAGGGAGAAGGAAUCAGUUACGGCAACUUAGGAAAUGUUUAUCGAUUAUUAGGAGAAUAUCGCAAGGCCAUUGAGUGUCAUGAAAAGAAUCUAAAAAUUGCCAAAGAGAUUGGUUACAGACAUGGAGAAGGAUGCAGUUGCGAAAACUUAGGAAACACCUAUCAAUAUCUGGGAGAAUAUCACAAGGCCAUCGAAUAUAAUGAACGAAGUCUGAGCAUUGCUACAGAGAUUGGGGACAGAAAAGGACAAGGAAACGGUUACGAAAACUUAGGAAAUGGCUAUCGAUCAUUAGGUGAUUAUUACAAGGCCAUAGAAUAUCAUGAAAAGAGACUAAUAAUUGCUAGGGAGAUAGGUGACAAAGAGGGCGAAGGAAGCAGCUAUGGAAACUUAGGAAUUACCUAUCAAUCUCUGGGGGAAUAUCACAAGGCCAUUGAAUAUAAUGAACGAUGUCUGAGCAUUGCUAAAGAGAUUGGUAACAGAUAUAGAGAAGGAAGCAGUUACGGAAACUUAGGAAAUGCCUAUGCCUCACUAGGGGAAUUUCACAAGGCCAUUAAAUAUCAUGAACGAAGUCUUGGCAUUUCUAAAGAGAUUGGUAACAGUCGGGGAGAAGGAAGCAGUUACGGAAACUUAGGAAAUGCCUAUCGAUCUCUAGGGGAAUAUCACAAGGCCAUCGAAUAUCAUGAACAGAGUCUAAGCAUUGCUAAAGAAAUUGGUAGUAGGCAAGGAGAAGGAAGCAGUUAUGGACUCUUAGGAAAUGCUUAUGCCUCACUUGGGGAAUAUCACAAGGCCAUUGAGUAUUUUGAAGAGCAGCUAAGCAUUGCUAAAGACAUUGGAGACAGAUGGGGAGAAGCGGUUAGUCAUCACUCUUUCGGAAUUUGCUUCAAAGCCGAUUCCAGACUUAAAGACGUCAACAAAGCUGAAGAUCACCUCCAUAUGAGUAUUGWAUGCUAUGAAAAUMUUUUUGAUGACUUAAAAGAUAGGGACCAGUUCAAGAUAUCCUUUGUCGAUACUUAUGUUAGUGCAAUGAUUGAAGCUUUGGAAAUAGGUGAACUCCUCGGAGUAGAACCUCUGAUAAGAGAGCAAGCAACGAAAGAAGCAAUCCUAACAAGACUACAACAUGGUGUGUCUGUCAUCCACUUUGCGGCUCACGGUAGUGCAAAAAACGGAGAGAUUUUUCUUGCACCUUCACAACCUUUAACAGACAACACCAUACCAGAGGAGAAGGACUACAUGUUGACAAUGAAAGAAGUACAAGAGAGUGGAAGUCGUGCUCAACUCGUUGUACUGAGCUGCUGUCACAGUGGUCGAGGAGAGAUCAAGUCAGAGGGAAUCGUGGGAAUGUCUCGAGCAUUUCUUGCUGCAGGAGCCCGUGCUGUUGUCGCGUCAUUGUGGGCAAUUGCUGACCAAGCUACUAGGUUCUUUAUGGUGAAAUUCUAUUCACAUCUAAAGAAAGGAGAGAGUGCUGGUAGGAGCCUACAGCAAGCAAUGAAGGAGAUGAGGGAAACAGAGAUGUACAAGGAACCAAAGUACUGGGCUGCCUUCUUCCUCAUUGGAGAUGACGUCACCAUUUCUGGAUUUACCGAUUACAAGGAAGGUGCGCAAAAAGAAGACAGCAAUACUAUCGAGCGAGAUGAAGGUCACGUUGAGGCCGAACAAAGUAAACAGGACAGCGUAAUAGAUGAUUCAGUUGAGACAGUAAUCCACCAUUAAAUUGAAACCCAAGGCCUCCAAUACCCGUGGAGUGCCGGGGAAAUAAUAAAUUAUACCCGAGAUUUAACACUGUUUUAACAAAACAAUUAAAGGGAAUGCGGUACAAUUAACGUCGAGAUCGUAUCGUAAUAGAUUCAGUUUGAGACGUAGUAAUGCGUCAAUCAGCCAUGAAUCCUAAAUCCAGGGUAGGGGUGGGUAAUUUACACAUUAUAGUCGAGGAUUUAAGGGAGAAGAAUUAACUCUAAAUCAAACGAAAUGAUGUAUUGGCAAAUGACUGUUGAAAUGUUAAUUACCCUGUUGCUGACUGAUACAUAACUUACAACAAUAUUAUAAUGGGAUAGAGUGUUUUCAAUAUAGAGUCAUUUUCAACCGUCUGUGAAACAAUUACUACAAGUCAGUGUUUAAUGGUAACUAUUAGGGUGUAGUAGGCUACYAAAAGGCAAAAUCAAAACCGUGUUUGCUUAAUUAGCUUGUUGCAYGUCAUAAGUUAAACUCUUGGGAGCUAAUAGGKGGUAAUAGCAUUUAAUAGUAUACAAUUCCUAUUUCAGAGACGAAUGAAAAUGGCUCUAUCAAUGAAAUGCUUUGCAAAUUAGGCAAAUUAGUGUGAAAUCUUKUGUAUCUUGCAGUU